UUGAUGGAGAACAAUACAGAAGUGACAGAAUUCAUCCUUCUAGGAAUAACUGAUGCCUCAGAGCUGCACAUCCCUCUCUUUAUCAUAUUCACUCUCAUUUACCUCAUCAAUGUGGCUGGAAACCUGGGGAUGGUCAUUUUGAUUCUCUGGGACUCUCAUCUCCAUAAUCCAAUGUACUUUUUCCUGAGUAACCUGUCUCUAGUGGACUUUUGCUACUCUUCAGCUGUCACUCCCAAGGUCAUGGCUGGACUCCUUAAAGGAGACAAGGUCAUUUCUUAUGGUGCUUGCGCUGCGCAGGCAUUCUUUUUUGGAGGCUUUGCCAGUGUGGAAAAUUUACUCUUGGCAUCAAUGGCUUAUGACCGCUACGCAGCAGUGUGCAAACCCCUGCAUUACACUACCGCCAUGACGACAGGUGUGUGUACAUGUCUGACCAUAGGCUGCUAUGUUGGUGGUUUCCUGAAUGCCUCUAUCCACACUGGGGAAACAUUCAGUCUCUCUUUCUGUAUGUCCAAUGUGGUUCAUCACUUUUUCUGCAAUAUUCCUGCAGUCAUGGCUUUGUCUUGCUCAGAUAGACAUGUGAAAGAACGGGUUCUUGUUUAUGUAGCCAGCUUCAAUAUAUUCUUUGCCCUUCUAGUUAUCUUGAUAUCCCACCUAUUCAUAUUUGUCACCAUCCUAAAGGUACCCUCAGCUGCAGGAUACCAGAAGGCUUUGUCCACCUGUGCCUCCCACCUCACUGCAGUCUCCAUCUUCUAUGGGACUAUUAUCUUCAUGUACAUACAGCCCAGCUCCAGUCAUUCCAUGGACACAGACAAAAUUGCAGCUGUGUUUUACACCAUGGUCAUACCAAUGCUGAACCCUGUGGUCUACAGUCUGAGGAAUAAGGAGGUGAAGACUGCAUUCAAGAAAGUUAUUGGGAAGACUACAAUAAAAUCAUUUUUAGGAUUGUGA